AUGCCCCGCCCCCUUCUCGAAACCACGGAGAAGCGGCCCUCUGCAGUCGACCGGCCCAGCGGGGAGCGCGGCAGCCAGCUCUGCACCACGUGGGCGACCCCACCCGAGGCUGCGUUUGACCUGCGCACUAGCACACUGCUCGGGAGCAUUUACUGUGUUUUAAUAACUGUGUUUAGGCAAAUGAACACACGCAGAGGUAAAACUCAAAACCACGAGUACCAUCACCUUCCCCCCCACAACAGAAAAUAUUUCCUAAACAUCUCAGAAGUGCAACGCAUGUAGCUCAGGAAAGGACGUAUGCAUGUUCACUGUAUCAAAGAUGAGCAGUAUUGGACUGUAGUGAAAGACAGUUGGACCAAACAUGAGGCAACAGAGGCCUACAGUACUAAAAAUGAUAGGUUAAUACAAAAAAAAAAAAAUACGAUAUGUGGAUAGAUGAGGAAAAUUUACAGAUAAGUCUUUGAAAAGCAUGGUGGCAACUAUCAGUGGUUCUUCCUUGCACACCCCACUACAUUUGCUGUUGGUGAAAAUUUAAAGUAUCUUCUGUUUACUAGGGAUGCAUCACAACCUUUCUAUCUGGGCCAGACUAUAACAUCUGGUGACCUCGAAUACAUGACUAUGGAAGGAGGAAUUGUCUUUUAAGGAUAGAGUCUGAAAAGCAGCCUUCUCAAUAAGUCUGGAAAGUGUGCAGAUCAAAGUGUGAUUUAGAAGUUAUCUGAAGAUAUGCAGCUGGCAGUUGGCCUGAAUCCAAGAGUUCUUGCAGAAAAUGCAGAGGAUUCCAAAAGAAGAGCUGUAUUUAAUACAAAACCAAUUGCACAUCUUAUUCAAGAGAUAAUGUCUACCCCUCAGCAAGUAGUAGAAGGCUGCUGUUCAGAUAUGGCUAUUACUUUAAAUGUACUGACUCCUAAAAAGAUGAUAGUAAUGAUGUAUGGUGUGCACCGGCUCAGGGCAUUUGGACAUUAUUUGAAGGACACACUGGUUUUCUUGCAUCCAAAUGGUUCAGAAAAUGACUGA